UUCCCAGAAGCUGGGAGGUUGUCAGUCAGUGAGGGAGCCUGCAAAAAAAGUACCUGGGAUCCGCGGCAGCUCAGCAGGUGUCUCCAACCUGAUGCUAACUGCUGCAUAGCUGUGCAUCUGAAAUCAUCCGCUGGGUUUUUUUUGUUUUUUUUUAAUAACUAUUUCUAUACAUCAUUUUUAUCUGGAUUCUUUAAAAAACAAAAGAUAUAUUAUACAUAUAUUACAAUCAGAAGCUUUUCGAGUCGAAGGGCGAGGGAGAACAUUUAACUAACACCAUGAGAUGCCCUGCUCCGUCCAGCUCUGGGUCAUUUGGUGGUUUUUUGAUGUGCUUGCCACCACCACAGCCCCAGCACCUCCCCAACUCUGCCGCUUUGUUACAACAUGCACCGUCGUGGGGUGCAGGGAGGCUCCCCUUGUCCCAGUAACUAUACUGCUGUACUAGGAGGCAGGGAGGGACUGUUGAUCGCAACAUGGAAGUGGCACUGCAACGCGUGGGGAGGCCUCAGGCGCAAAUCUGCACAUCCCUGGCAUGCUGGCAUAUUUGGUUGGCACACCAUUGUGCCAUGCUGCCCCCACAGUGCCAUUUUAACCAAUGCAAAGGACUUUUCCUGCUUUCUUGGUCCACUGGGCUCGAUUUAUUGGGUAUUAGCCAAGAUGAAAAAACACGUAACUGCUGAUCUUGGAAGCCUGAAAUAAAACUCGAAAAUGCUGGGAGUGCACAUCAGGGCGCUUGGGCACCUGAAUAUGAAUGCUUUGCAAUAGGUACCCUGUGUCAGAGAAAAAAAACCUCCACCCAAAACGUGAAAAGAUCUCAUUGGAAAUGCCUUGUCUUCAGGCACAGUAUGGGACCUUGCCACAAGGUGGAGGACCAUAUGAGGACUACAGUUCUGACUUCUUGACUCCUGAGUUUGUCAAGUUUGGAAUGGACCUCAGCACCACAGAGAUCGCUGCCACCACCUCACUGCCCAGUUUCAACACUUUCAUCGACAGCAACAACGGAGACUUUGACGCCUAUUUGUACCAACUGAUGCUUUCCAACCAGCAGUCUCCAUUUAAAGUGGAGGACGUUCAAAUGUUUGGCUGUUACCCAGCCUCGAUCAACAUGCAUUUAGAAGAGGUGCUACCCCAGUGUGGAUCUUCUCAAUAUUACAAUGGAUCUUGCUCCAUCCCAUCACCUUCAACCCCUGCUUUUCAAAUGCAGCAAGUGUCCAUAUGGGAUGAUUCUUUUCCUCAGCACUCACUCCAAUAUGGUGAGGUGGAUCACUUAUUAGAUCAACAAAAAAAUGUCUCCCAGCUUUCAUUCUUUUCCUUUAAACAGGUACCUUCAGAAUCACCUGUGUCGCAUUGCCACAUGAGGCUUGAUGCAAGUUCCCAUGGACCUAAUACUGUCCACCAACUAGUUGAUACCAUGUCUUAUGAUGCCACCAACCAAGCCUCCAUGAAUUUUCCUGUUCUACCCAUGGACCGUGGACCGCGGCUCUUGGACAGUCCCAUUGUAAUAGACAAUCCCAUCCCCUCUCCACCGGUUCGUAAUCCCCCUUCCAGUGAGGGCCAGUGUGCUGUGUGUGGAGAUAAUGCUUCCUGCCAACAUUACGGUGUACGAACCUGUGAAGGAUGCAAAGGUUUCUUUAAGCGUACAGUUCAGAAAAAUGCCAAGUAUGUCUGCCUAGCAAACAAAGACUGUCCCGUGGACAAACGGCGACGGAAUCGAUGCCAGUUUUGCCGCUUUCAGAAAUGCCUUGCCGUGGGUAUGGUAAAAGAAGUGGUCCGCACAGACAGCCUGAAAGGUCGUAGAGGUCGACUUCCAUCCAAACCAAAGAAUGUUCAAGAAGCCACGCCUUCAAAUGUUCCAGUUAGUCUCAUCACAGCGCUGGUCAGGGCACAUAUUGAUUCCAACCCAAUCAUGUCCAAUCUAGAUUAUUCCAAGUUUCAGGAAUCCAGCACUUUUCAGUCAGAGGAGGAUGAGGCAGGUGACAUCCGACAGUUUUAUGAGUUAUUGGCAGGUUCGAUGGAAAUGAUACGCAAGUGGGCAGAGAAGAUUCCAGGCUUUAACGGUUUGCCCAAAGAAGAUCAGGACCUACUGCUGGAAUCUGCAUUCUUAGAGCUCUUCAUCCUCAGGCUGGCCUACAGGUCCAACCCUGAAGAAGGCAAGCUUAUUUUCUGCAGUGGUGUUGUCCUCCACCGCCAGCAGUGUGUGCGCGGCUUUGGUGAAUGGAUUGACUCGAUCAUCGAUUUCUCCACCACCCUCCAACGGAUGAAGAUCGACAUGUCUAGCUUCUCCUGCCUUGCGGCAUUGGUGGUCAUUACAGACCGGCAUGGCUUAAAAGAACCCAAGAAAGUUGAAGAUCUGCAGACCAAGAUUAUAACUUGUCUGAAAGACCAUGUCACAUCCAGUGGAGGUGAGCAGAUGCGGCCAAAUUACUUGUCCAAGCUUCUGGGCAAGCUACCUGAACUCUGUACCCUCUGCACACAAGGACUCCAGCGUAUUUUCUACCUGAAGCUCGCUGACCUGGUUCCUCCACCUGCCAUUGUCGACAAACUAUUCCUGGACACUUUGCCUUUCUAGAGAAGUCACCAAGUUACGUGACUGUUGAACUGGACCCCGGCCUUCAUAUUUGAUGUUGCAGUAUGAGCAGGGAGUUCAACGUACAUUGGAACCAGUUCAAAGUGGGAUGGCUUCAGGAGCUGGACAAAUAUGCUAUGCGCUAAUUGGGUUUGCUGUUUUUCAAAAUGCUGUUUUCAUUUUAUUCAGCAUUACAGAUUGUUGGAGAAAAAAAAAGUCCCUUUGCUACAUUGCAGCUUCUGCAAUACAAUCUAACCGUAAAGCAACUCUGAGCUUUGACAAACUUGACAGAUCCGAUGUUCUCGGAGAAGAUAAUAGCACUGGUUAGAGCUACUCUCUCCCUCUGUCCCUAUGUUGUCAUGGCCCUGAAUCUCAACUUAAGAACGACCUAAUGGAAUGUGACUCUUCAGUGUUGUACACUCUCAAUCACUGUCGUCUCUUACAUCAAAAGAGUUAUAAAUGAGAAUCAAGAAUCAUCAUCAUUGGGCCAAAUGUGAUUUUUUUAACAUAAAAAAAAUAUAAGAUCAGGACUGAUUUUAUUUCAGUGAUCAGAUAUCUAAGAAAAUGGAUACGUACUUUAUCUGUCUGGGCUGGAUUUGUAAUCGCAUAUGCCAGAGGUAGGAAAACAGUGUCCAGUCCAGCCAUCAUUGGAAAGAAUAAAGCUUCAACUUGUCUAUCUUAGAUGGAUUUUGAAAGGACAACAUUUGUUAACACUGUAAUAAUUCAAUCUUCAAAAGGUUCUUUCAAGGCCAGUUCUGGACAGUCAGGACUCAGAAGCCUGAAGUGUGACAGACUAAACCUUGAACUAUGUCACUGACAUAUUCUGCAUGAAUAUUUGACGCUGUGGUUUAGUAACUAAAUAAGUCAAUACUGAAGAUGACCACAGCCCUAACUGGAAGCUGUGAAGCCAAAUCUCUUCAGUUGUGAAGACUACGCUCAUGCAAUAUGGCACAAAUUAUUGGUACUAGCUUGGAUGUUUUAAAAGGUUCUUUUUGCUAAGGUUUAUUAAUAGUUCUGGAACCAAGAGUGGAUCAACUUGAAUUUGUAGUACCCGCUUUACAGAAAGGUUUUGAGACUUGUGUAUGAUAGAGUAAGGCCUAUUGUCCCAAUGGAAACAGGCAAUUUAUGGGGUGAGGUGGAGGGGAGGUGGGGGCAAGUGUGGUCUACGAUUCCUUUCAUGAAUUCACUAUCAGUUGGCUCCUUAGCUGCAGCACCAAAUUGUAUUGGUAACAUCCACCAAUUACUCCUUUGGUUACUUACGUGGACUACGAGCAUUUUCCAGUGAUUAUUCCUGGCUUCAGCUUAUGGUCACCCACAUGACAAAAGGUUCAAAUCAAUUGGUCUAUUGACUGGUUGACCUUGUGAGGGAGCAAGGGUGAAGAAGAUAUAUUGUACUGUUAUGGCUGGGAAUAAUUGUCUGUUUUUAUUCUAUAUAGAGAGCAUUAUGACUGGGAAUAACAUGCUUUAAUCUCAUAUGGGGAGCACUGAAUAAAUUGUAGUACUUAACAUGUCUGAUGCCAUAAUGGAAAUGUGUAUAUUUUAUAUUGGUUAAAAACCAUAGACUAUAGUUACAGUGCCUUACCAGUCAUUAUGUACAGAAGGUGCUUGAUUCUGAUGUUGCCAGGAAAUGGUGUAACACAUUGCACAUUGUGUUGUCAUGCAAUUGAAUCCUCAUCUGUAACUUUUUAAGGCUUGCUUCUAGGUUUGCAAAACUCGUCUCUUCUGCUUCUGUACUUGAAUCCCACAGUGGGGCAGCUCAAGUACUGAGUGAUACCUGCACUUCGAGACUUCAACCAGGCUUCUAAUUUAGAUUGUAUUUGCAACCAACUAUAGGGGUUGGGGUUCCGAGUGAGCUAUUCCAUUCAUUUGCCACAACUUUUGAUGGAGAAGAUUUGGAAACCCCCCUGGAAAAAUGGCACUACCAACGUCACAAAAGCAAAAUCCUGCAGAUGCUGGAAAUCUGAAAUAAAGGCAGAAAAUGCUGGAAAUACUCAGCAGGUCAGGCAGCGUCUUUGGAGAGAGAAACAGGGUUAAUGUGACCCUCAUGAAAGGUCAUUGGCCUGAAACAUGAACUCUUUUUCUCUCUCCACGGAUGCUGCCUAACCUGCUGAGGAUUUCCAGCAUUUUCUGUUUUUAUAACCAAAGUCCCCCUGCCCCCAUGCCAUUGAAGCUGGCCCCUCUUGAGGUUCACCUGCCCAUGUAAAUGAGAUCCUGCAAUCUAGGAAAAUCUGUUAGAUGUUGUUGCAAAAUGCAUAUACUUUUCUAUUGUUAAUAUAUAUUUUUAAACCAAUUUUUUUCAAUGUUAGGGCAUCAAGUCAAGAUGUCUAGUUCAAUGUAAAAUAACUGUCCACUUGAGAAGAAAUUCUUCUUGUUGUAACAUCUAUUCCAUGCACAAAUCACACAUGGGGUCAUUUAUGGAGUUUGCGCUAAUAAAGGUUUUGUCUGAUCCCGCACUGCUCCAAAACGUCCUCCCUGGUGUUGAGCGCAUUCACAAACAGUCACAGCAUUAAGUCUCUUUCGUAUCCCGAUAAAAGGUCCAAUUGAGGAAAAAGGAAUGUUGUCUUGAACUCCUCACGCACAUCACAUAUAACAUGCAUCAUAAAGGACUGGUGCUCGCGCAACUGAGGGUGCCAGCAGAAAUGCAUCUGAUUUUUGGCUGCGGGGCAGCAUGGGUACAGUGUUGUGUUGGCAAAGGUCUCGCCAGAGAAGCAUGGACUGCAGGAGAUGCCAACCGAGAAGAGUCAGGGGACAUGGAUGGUUGACCAGUAACCUGUGCAAUGAGCAGAAUGUGAGGGCUGGGCCUUAGAAUGGAUCAGUGCCAGAGGAAACUUCAGGUCAGUUGACAUGUGAUAGAACAAGACCCUCCCACUGCCUCCAUCCUGCAGAUGCAGACCACCAUCUACACUGCACCCAUCAGCAGCAAUGAAAGUCAUCAUGGUCCUCAAUGAUUAUGCAAAGGAUGUUUUGGGUUACCCAUGGCAGUCAUCUCUGGGGUUAGUCAAUUUGCAAUGCAUGGCUACACUGAUUUUUCAAUCAUGUGUGUCCCUAUUUCUUUCCCUAGUGCACCACCAAGCCUCAGCACAGUUUCAACAUUGAACUGCCUCAGCACAGGACUGGCAAAUACAAUUUUCCAGCAGUUCUGUCUUUUCCAAGGCAUUGGGCAUCAGAGAUUAUGUGCAAGUACCCAUUUGCAGAUCUUAUCACAAUGCAAUUGCAUACCUCAGUAGGAAGGGCCUCUCAGUAUGUGAGCCAGUGCACUUGAGCACACUGUUCCUAGUGAAUGCUCAUCUGGCUUGACUCUCAGAUAAUCAUGCAUGCCCCCAGCUCUUUAAAAGGGAAAGAUGUUUGACUCCAUGGGUGAGGGGUUGGGGGCAGUGGGGAACAUCCAUUACCCAAAAGCAGCAAUUCCUAACAGCACUUCCAAUCCCCAGUGAAGUGCAGCCAUGAGGCAGGUGGGUAGAUCAGGAAUCUAAUGGAGUGGAUAGUUGGAGGGCGCUAAAAACAGGGAUAGGGGUUACAAAAUGUCUCCGAGAGGGUUUGUUGAAUUCAAGCGGGAGUACGCAAUAUUGCUUUGGAUAGAGACUUCGCCAUGGAAUUGUUGAGGGGCCCCAGAGAUCUAGCAGCAAUAGCCAGGACAGGGAGACUGAUGAAGCAGGGCUCAUGGCUGACCUCAUCUUUCGAGCCUUGCAAAUGAACCCUCACAACAGUUGUGCUAGUAGGUUUGCUCAACCGGACCUCCUACCUGUUUUCGCCAUACCCGGUUUGCCCUGCCAUCUGUAUAUGUUGUAUUAUCAUUCUUAGUUCUGUUGCAUGUCUUUCUGACGAGUACAUUAAAAGAACUGACUGCA